AGCACACACAACGUAAUAUUUUAAUUGUUUUUAGAAAGAAACCAAUGUGAAAUACUGAACAUAGAAUGAAACGAUUUACAGAGAAAGUGCAUCAUGAGCAACAAAAGGAGGUGGUUUGGGUAAUGCGCGAGGAUAUUGACGAACAAUCAGAUCAAGCUGUUGCAAAACGGAAAUCAAAUGGGGAACAGGAAGACGAUUCUCUUAAAACACCAAUUGUGUACUCAAAAAGUUAUGAAGUGCGAUUUUGCGGUAUGGAAAAAUUGCAUCCUUUCGAUGCGGCUAAAGGAUCACACGUAUUGAAAUUCUUACUUCAAAAUGAAAUAUUUUGUCCCGGACGAUUUUAUGAGCCCAGUGAAAUAACAAAGACUGAGCUUCAAAAGGUCCAUACACGCAAAUAUUUACGCAGCUUGAAGUGGAGUGUGAAUGCAGCAAAGAUAUCGGAAAUUCCUUUGCUACUUUUUGUACCUAACACGUUUGUACAGCGUGGCUACUUGCGCCCCAUGCGUUUUCAAACUGCUGGGUCUAUAUUGGCCGGUAGUCUGGCAAUACGUUAUGGAUGGGCUAUUAAUUUGGGCGGAGGAUUUCAUCAUUGUUGUGCCUACAGAGGUGGUGGCUUCUGCCCCUAUGCAGAUAUUACUUUGCUUAUCACAAAAACUUUAGAAGAGGAGCCAAAUAUUGAGACAGCAAUGAUUGUGGACUUGGAUGCGCAUCAGGGAAAUGGACACGAACGUGAUUUUUACGAGAAUGAAAAAGUAUUCAUUUUGGAUAUGUACAACGCUUCCAUAUAUCCACGUGAUCAUGAAGCCAAACUGGCCAUAAGUUGUGCGGUGGAACUCAAACCACGCACAGCGGAUGGAACUUACAUGAAAAAAUUGAAAAGAUCUCUAAAAUAUGCUUUGAGUGAGUUUCGUCCAGACUUAUUGGUAUACAAUGCUGGUACGGAUAUACUUUUGGGCGAUCCUCUGGGCCAUUUAUGUAUAACACCAGAGGGUGUUAUGGAACGAGAUCAAUUCGUUUUUGCUACUUGUCKUGAGGAACGCAUUCCAAUCGUAAUGUUGCUCAGUGGUGGCUAUUUAAAGUCCUCUGCUAAGGUUAUUGCCGAAUCAAUUGUUAAUCUCAAAACGAAAGGCCUGCUUGUCUGCUAAAUUCUUGUUUUGAAAAAGUCCUUAUUGAAAAACUAAUUAUAUACACUUAUGUUUUUCUUUAGGAUUGAGAAUAUAAAUAUAUAAACAAUUGUAACUACAUUUUGGCUAUUUAAAAAAGACACAAUGAAAUAAACUGGAAGCAUUUUAGUUGAUUCAGUAUACCUUGUCACACAAUCUUUUAGCCUUUCCAGCUUAACUGUAAAGUUUUGAAUUUCAGCAAUAAAUUCAAUAUCAACUCAAUCCGCAAGAAAAAAUUUCGGUUAAAGUAUUAUCAAACUUAAUACAAUCGGGCACAAUCCUUUAGUGUUCUUAGAGGAACAAUGUUUUGCAUAUUUCUUCUCCAAAAACCCCCUAAAAUCAUCUCCGCACAUCGGUUGUUUCUCUACGCCCCUGGCUAUGGGCGCCCACUGUGCCAGUGUCGAGAAUAACAAAAAACUACACCGUGCCAAACGUAAAUAACUCUGCUCAUGAUAUAAAAUGGAAAAUAUUAUGAUUAUAGUAGAU